AUGCUCUCAUUCCUCGGCACCAGUGCCACCAAUAUCCGCCAGCAGGUAGGCCAAGCGUUAAAUUUCGCGCUCGUUCUUUCCACGGCUUUCAUGUUAUGGAAAUCCCUUUCCGUAUUCUCCGCAUCGAGCUCCCCGAUCGUGGUCGUGUUGUCCGGGUCGAUGGAGCCUGCAUUCCAACGUGGAGAUCUCCUCUUUCUGUGGAACAGGAGUCCGCGGGCGGAUAUUGGGGAGAUUGUUGUCUAUAACGUGCGAGGCAAGGACAUUCCCAUUGUGCACCGCGUCGUGCGAACCUUGCCCGAGGUUGAGGGCAGUAGUGUGAAAAAAGUGAAGGAGAUUACUUUGUAUGUUCUACACCAGGAGACAUCUGGAGUGAUUUGGUCUGACAACGGAUGCAGGAAUUCGGCUCCCAAUUCGCAUAUGCUCCUCACCAAGGGCGACAAUAAUCCGUCCGACGACACCGAGCUCUAUGCGCGUGGCCAGGACUACCUCAACCGAGAAGAGGAUCUCGUCGGCAGCGUUCGCGGAUAUAUUCCUUCGGUCGGAUACGUUACUAUAAUGCUCUCUGAACAUCCCUGGCUGAAGACGGUGCUCCUGGGGGUUAUGGGGCUGAUGGUGAUGCUCCAGCGGGAAUGA